ACUGCUUUAUACUGUUUAGACAAGCUUUGUAGUGCGCACGUUGGAAACUAACACUCGACCAUCUCUGCUUUCACAUCAGUCACUAAUUAGGCCCGCGGGCAGUGAGAGGCGAGGCGGAAGACUGUCGGACAAACUGUAAACUUAGUCAAAAGCGACUAAAGUCACCAAACUCCCAGGCUGAAGAGGCUUCAAACGAGUCAUCCCUUCUGGCUGUUUCAAGGAAGGAUACGCUGCUGGACAUGUGAAUUUAAAGGAGAUACUUGCCAAGCACAACAAUGAAACCAACGACUGCUGCCCCGUGUUGCUUCGGCGUUUUCCUGACUUGCUUCUUGUUCGGGUCGAGCUCUUCACAAUCAGUAUGUGCUGGUACAGAGAACAAGCUGAGCACCCUGUCAGACCUGGAGCAGCAGUACAGCACCCUGAGGAAAUACUACGAGAACUGUGAAGUCGUAAUGGGCAAUCUGGAGAUCACAAGCAUUGAUCGCAGUCGCAACCUGACCUUCCUCAGAUCCAUCCGAGAAGUGACAGGCUACGUGUUGGUGGCCCUGAACCAGUUUGACUACCUGCCUUUGGAGAACUUGAGGAUCAUCCGAGGGACCAAGCUGUAUGAGGACCACUACUCCCUCGCAAUCUUCCUCAACUACAGACGUGAUGGAAACUUUGGCCUGCGCCAGCUGGGUCUGAAGAACCUCACAGAGAUCCUGAGUGGAGGCGUGUAUGUUGACCAGAACAAGUUCCUGUGUCAUGCAGACACAAUCCAUUGGCAGGACAUUGUAAAAAACCCUCGGAUCCAUCCUGUGGUGGUGCCCACCAACAGCAGCGUCACAUGUCAAAAGUGCCAUCGUUCCUGUAAUGGUCGUUGCUGGGGACCCAAAGAGGACCAGUGUCAGAGCUUAACUAAGACAGUGUGUGCCGAGCAGUGUGACGGACGUUGCUUUGGUCCCUAUGUUAGUGACUGCUGCCAUCGUGAGUGUGCAGGUGGCUGCUUUGGACCAAAGGACACAGACUGCUUUGCCUGCACCAACUUCAAUGACAGUGGGGCAUGUGUGACCCAGUGCCCCCAGCCCUUCGUUUACAACACCACCACCUUCCAACUGGAGCACAACCCCAGGGCCAAAUACACCUAUGGAGCCUUCUGUGUUAAGAAGUGUCCACAUAACUUUGUGGUGGACUAUAGCUCCUGUGUGAGAGCGUGCCCCAGCAACAAGAUGGAGGUGGAGGAGAACCGCAUUAAGAUGUGCAUUCCUUGUACAGACAUCUGCCCUAAAGCGUGUGAUGGCAUUGGUACAGCCAGUCUACAGUCUGCUCAGACAGUGGACUCCAGCAACAUUGACAAGUUUGUCAACUGCACCAAAAUCAAUGGCAACCUGGUGUUUCUCAUCACUGGGAUCAAAGGGGAUGUCUACCACAACAUUGAAGCUUUAGACCCAGAAAAACUUAAUGUAUUCCGAACAGUUCGAGAGAUCACAGGCUUUCUGAACAUCCAGUCUUGGCCUGACAACAUGACAGACCUGAGUGUUUUCUCCAACCUGGCAACUAUUGGUGGAAGAGCACUGUACAGCGGGAUCUCUCUGCUGGUGUUGAAGCAGCAGGGCAUCUCAUCCCUGCAGCUUCAGUCCCUGAAAGAGAUAAGCGCUGGAAACGUCCACAUUGCAGAGAACAGCCAGCUUUGCUAUUACAACACCGUCAACUGGACGAGACUGUUCCGUGCUGCAAACCAGAAGGUCCUGGUCCGCAACAACCAAAGCCCACAGAAGUGCUCCAAGGAGCGCAUGGUGUGUGACCCACUGUGUUCGGAUGCAGGGUGUUGGGGCCCUGGCCCAGACCAGUGUCUGUCCUGCAGAUACUUCAGCCGUGGACGUACCUGCGUGGAUACUUGCAACCUUUUUGAAGGGGAUAUCCGAGAAUAUGCAAACGGGUCAGUGUGUGUGGAGUGUGAUGCCCAGUGUGAGCGAGCUGAAGAUGACUCUUUGACCUGCAAUGGUGCGGGCCCAGAGCAUUGUUUGAAAUGCCUCCAUUUUAAAGACGGUCCCAAUUGCGUGGAAAAGUGUCCGGAUGGCCUGCAAGGUGCCAACAGCUUCAUCUUCAAGUAUGCAGAAGCCAACAAUGAAUGCCAUCCCUGCCAUGCCAACUGCACCCAGGGGUGCAUUGGACCAAGACUGCAAGACUGUAUUGGCUGGAUGGACAGAACCCCUCUGAUCGCAGCAGGAGUGAUUGGCGGCCUCUUCAUGGUGGUGAUCAUGGUGCUUAGUGUUGCAGUGUCUGUGCGCCGGAAGAACAUUAAGAAGAAGAGAGCUCUCCGUCGCUUCCUGGAGACAGAGCUGGUGGAACCUUUAACACCCAGUGGAACAGCACCUAACCAAGCCCAGCUCCGCAUCCUGAAAGAGACAGAACUCAAAAGGGUCAAGAUCCUCGGCUCUGGGGCCUUCGGUACUGUUUACAAGGGUAUUUGGGUUCCAGAGGGUGAAACAGUAAAGAUUCCUGUAGCCAUUAAAAUCUUGAAUGAAGCCACAGGACCCAAAGCUAACGUGGAGUUCAUGGACGAGGCCCUGAUCAUGGCCAGCAUGGAGCACCCCCACCUGGUCCGCCUGCUGGGUGUAUGCCUGAGUCCCACCAUCCAGCUGGUCACACAACUGAUGCCUCACGGGUGCCUGCUCGACUAUGUCCACGAGCACAAGGACAACAUUGGGUCCCAGCUGUUGCUCAAUUGGUGUGUCCAGAUUGCCAAGGGGAUGAUGUAUCUGGAGGAGCGCAGGCUGGUGCACAGGGAUUUGGCAGCCCGAAAUGUCUUGGUCAAAUCUCCCAACCACAUCAAGAUCACUGAUUUUGGUCUGGCUCGUCUGCUGGAUGUUAAUGAAAAAGAAUAUAAUGCCGAUGGAGGAAAGAUGCCCAUCAAGUGGAUGGCUCUGGAGUGUAUCCAUUACAGGAAGUUUACUCAUCAGAGUGACGUUUGGAGUUAUGGGGUAACCAUCUGGGAGGUGAUGACCUUUGGAGGGAAGCCAUAUGAUGGCAUUUCCACCAGAGAUAUCCCAGACCUGCUAGAGAAAGGAGAGCGUCUUCCUCAGCCGCCCAUCUGCACCAUUGACGUCUACAUGGUCAUGGUCAAAUGCUGGAUGAUAGAUGCAGACAGUCGGCCCAAGUUCAAGGAGCUGGCAGCAGAGUUCACUCGGAUGGCACGUGAUCCCCAAAGAUACUUGGUCAUCCAGGGUGACGACCGCAUGAAGCUGCCCAGCCCCAACGACAGCAAGUUUUUCCAGAGCCUCCUGGACGAGGAGGAGUUGGAGGACCUGAUGGAUGCUGAGGAGUACCUUGUGCCCCACUCCCUCAAUAUUCCACCACUGGCAUACACUCCCCGCACACACAUGGACUCCAACAAGAACCAGUAUGGCUACCAGGACCCCAGUUUCAGCAUGGAGGACAUGCUGGCUACCCUCCCCAGAGUGGUGUCUGUCCCACCCGUGUCUGGAAGCUGCCUCCCACCACAGGACCUGUCCUCAGGGGGUCAGAUUGGUGUUGGAUUUGGCCGUGGCAACCAGGAUGACCCUCGCUGUAAUGGGACUCUGAGGAAGCAGGCCUCCCCGAGGUCAAGUACCCUUGGACCUGGCUCGGCUCUUGCUGCAGGACAAGGUGGAGGGGAGGACAGUUGUGGACAGCGUUACAGUGCCGAUCCCACCGGUCUUUUAGCAGAACGAGCCACAAAAGGAGACAAGGACCAGGACAGCUACAUGACUGCCAUGAGAGACAAGACCAACUCAGAAUAUCUCAACCCAGUGGAGGAAAACCCCUUUGUCGCACGUCGAAGGAAUGGUGAUGCUCACGCAGUGAUUGAUGGAGCUACUUGCCACACCCUGCACAUGGCUGGAGCUGCCGCUGCUCCCAAGAGCCAGUCCACCCACGGGGACGAUGAGUAUAUCAAUGAGCCACUGUACCUGAAUACCUUCCUUAACCCUGGGGACAAGAACGGAUUAGCUGGCACAGUCUCCAUCUCUGGCCCUGGGUCCUCUGUCGCCCAAUCAAUAUCGCAGACAGUCAACCCAUCAACGUCAAGCCACACGGUCUCCUCCACUGGAUAUGUGGUACCCCCUGGCCACCUCCCCCACCCAUCGUAUCCAUCACACACACUGCAUCCGGGGCAUUCAGGACACGCUCUGCACUCAGGCAUCACCAGCAGCACCAUCAUGUUUGAUAAGAAAGGCAAGAAGGCCACUUUUGACAAUCCCGAAUACUGGCAGCACAGUCUACCCCCCAAGUCCUCCCUGCAUAACCCUGAGUACCUGCAGGACUGCAGCACGCGCUUCUUCUACCGGCAGAAUGGACGCAUUCGCCCUGCUGUGGCCGAAAACCAGGAGUACUUGUCGGAGGCUGCUAUGAAAGCUGGCAAUGUGUUGCCGCCCCCUCCAUACAGACAGAGGAACACUGUCGUGUAGUGACCCACCUGUAGCACAAUGGAGGGAUAAAAAGAGGGAUGGGGUGGAGAUAAAGGGACGUCGAACAGUUCUCUCGUUUCCAUGCAGUACUCCUCAACCCGGGUUCUCCUUGCACCCUCCCUGAACACGUCUCUCUGUUAUGUCUGAUUGCAAGUCUUUAAGGUUCUGUCUUUUCUUGACAGGACUACACUAACAGUCACUGACAGCCUCACCUCAUCUUUUUCAGCUCCAUUCUUGGCCAUGAAAGCAAAUAGAUGUAUCUCUUUGAGGUUGGUUCUACUUUUGAGCACACUGUCCUGCCGUCUUAAAUAUCAGAAAUGCAUAAAAAAAACACAAUAGAAGAAACGAGACAUGAACCCAGUUUAGCCCAAAGAGAGGAUUAUCGCUAUGACCUUACAUGCUUUUCUUGACAGACUCAUCACUUACAGUUCACCAUGUCCUUUUGGCACAUUUUCCACUUAGAUAGAUGUACACAUUGCUAUUGCUUGUGUGCAAUGACACAUGCACAUAGAGUUGUGUCGUGACUCACCAGCAAACCUGCAGUCAUGCUGAAGAGCCCAGAUGUGGCUUGCAUGCCUGCCCACACGCUUCUUUGACUUUCACAUGUUGGCUCACCAGUAAUGGCAUUCAAACAUUUAUCACACACAGCUCAUAUCAUACCUAAACAUGUUAACAUGACUGCAGCCUUGACACACACAAUAAUAUCCAUACAUUAAUUCAUAAGUAAAUUCACGCACAACCACAGAUAAGCAAGCCGACAUUUGAAAUAUAUUCUGGAGGAGAAGCUCGGUUGACCUUGUGCUGGAAGACAGAGUGUGUGCCGGUGAUGGCAGUCUGUGUUCAGCGCAGAAAAAGGGUCAACAGGAAAGUAAAUGUCACCACAGUUUUAUGGAAAGCUGUGAUAUCACCCGGGUCCUGGUGGAAAGCAUUCGACAGAUUAUCGGCACGGCUAGGGUGGGAUUUAAAAGGUUGACCACUCAGAAGACGACCCUUACCUCCCCACGUCCCUCUUGUUCCACCUUCAUCCACAACAAUCUGGUCUGGAGAGCCAGCAAAUCAUUCACUCCUAUAUUCCCUUCAUAAGAUCAUUGUAAGCAGCUGCGUGACUCACAUAACAAUGGCAGCUGCAGCUCAAGGAAUAAUGUUUCAAUAGAACUGGUGCUCGGGAAUGGACAGGUAAUGGAGCACGAUGGUGUUUCAUAUGACUCGAACAUGAGGGAAAAUAUACGAUUUUAGAACCUGGAUCAGAGCAUAAUUUUUGGUUUUUGGUUUGUUUUUUCUUUUUCUUUUUAGGCAUCAGGGAAUUGUUUACUUUGUCACUUUGUCUUACACUUAUGACGCAAACAGCACAGACACCCAGCCACAAAAGAGCACUGUGGUUUUGGCAAAAAGGCUAACCCUGCCGAGCUGUAAAUAAGCCAAUUACAUGUCAUUACCAGACAGAUACAGUCCCGGAAAUGGGCUCUGUGGACAGAGCUGUGUCUGGAAGUACAUCAAAAGACCAGGAUAAAAGUUUUCUUUUUUCUUUGCAGCUCUCUGCGUUCAUACUAUUGUAUGUCAUACAAACAGAAAAUUAACUUUGACCACGUAGUCACGACUACAGGGCUUUGCUCUGUCUCUUAGCGUUAAGGUGGAACAGGAGGAAAGACUGUCUAAAGUGUCUAUGAAGGCCUCCUCUAUAUUUUUACCAUGGAACACUGAGAAAAUGAGACACUUUCUUUUCUAUUGGUAUUUGACAUUAUUGGUGACACAUAAUAAGUUAUCACUGAAUCCACUGAUGGCUAGCUUUCUAUACUCAUACAAUACUGCCAGAUGCCACAGUAAACUCUGACGGAGAAAACUAGCAUCUGUACUCGAAUGACUUUGAAGCCUAAUUUAGGCUGGGGUUGAUAAUUUAAUAGCACUUAAUGCUCUGACACAGCCAAAUGACUUUGCUGUUAUACUCGCUCUAAGAGGCAAUUCAUUCUUCUUUUUCUCUUCACGCUGCAACUAUAAUUUAAAGCGAGACACUAAGUACUCAUGUUAUCUGUUUCGUCAGGCAUUUUACUGACAAAAAAGCAUCCCCUCUCUAACAUUACACCAAUAUGCUUGGUGAGGCAAUAUACACUGUUGUACAACAUCAAGGGAUACCAAUUUUUCAAUUUUUCAUAAUCAUUUAUAUCAUUGCUUCAUACUUUACAAUACUUGCGUACAGGAUUUUUUCAUCAGUUAUAUGAAAUACCUUGAUAUCUAGUUAUUUAAUUGACUGGAUUAAAGGGGUACUCCAGCUAAUUAGCAUUGCACUUCUUUGCCCUUCAGAGUCAGGAUAUCCUGGCCUUUCUCCUUUCAUUGUGACAACUCGUUUUUAAUCUGUCUUUUGUGAGUCCCCAAACUGCAAAUUCACAAAACACCAAAGGACUGUGUGGCUCUCGCGGUCAUUGGAUGUGCACAAAAAAAAAAAAAAAAAAAAAUGAAGCCAUGUAAUUCCAUAAUCAUGUUUCCCAGGCCUUGAAAAGUUAUGGAAUUGGUAAAAUCAUUUAAAGGUCUGGAACAGUUACAACAGUCAUGGGAUUUUGUUGUUUGUAAUGAAAUUCUUACAGAAAUUUUCUGUGGAUAACCUUUCACAUAAUGUAACAUAUCAGCAAAUUUAUUUUUUAACAUGUGUAGAUGAGUGAUGAUUUGUUUUCAUCACGUACGUCUCUUAAUUUUCUCCCGUUUCAUAAGUCCUGCGGUGUAUGCCAGUUAACUGAAGUUACAAAAUGUUUGAAGUGGGAAACUAAAUCAAACUCAGUGCAUCUCAAUCCAUUUGUCGCUUUCUACCACCUAAACCCCACAGGUCUAAUUUAUAAAGCCCAAGCAGAGAUAACCCCCUACAUCCUUAAUGUACAGUUACAUAAUUAAUGUUAACUUAUGGAGAUUAUGUUUUGGCAAUAAAAGUUACUAGGGUUAGGUUUAGGAAAAGAAACAUGGUGAGGAGGUACCUUAAAAUGACUCAAGGUUCACUGAAAGUUCACAAGGUGCCGAGCAUGUUUCUGUGAGAAAGUCUAAAUUUUUGAGACCCAUCCACCACCCCAACCUGCCUCCUUACAAGACAGCUCGUUUACUCCCGUUGGUCACAUGAUUGUACCCUUCAAAGUAAGUUGGAUAUGUAUGACUUUUGAUACAUUUCUUUUCGUAGGAAAACAUACAAGCAGUUUCUGAGAACAGCCUGCCAACAGCUGUUUUCAUUCACAGGCUGAGUAUUACAACCCGUGAUGGGUAUAUACUGAACUUCAUGUGUAAAAUUAGUGGAGUGCCCCUCUAACCAAAAACAGAACUUUACAUCUCUUUCAUCUAACAGUUUCUCAUUUGAAUUUGCAGAAAAUGUACAAUAUCAUGAUAUUAUGAUUAAUAAUAGUAAUCUACACAUAAUCUGAUUUUACAUUUUAUCCGUAUCGCCCACCCUGAGCGAUAAUAUGAAUUUAAGGACCGACUAACGCCUGUGCACGUCUCAACGCUGACAUACCAACACACACCCACUGUUACACAAACCUUGUGCCUCUACAUUCUAAAUACCAGGCAGAGGGAAGGUUCAGACGAGCAGUGUUGAUGAUUUACUGUCCCAAACACAGAUGUCACCCUGGCACAGUGUUUUCUCCCCCUCUCAGGUUUUAUGGGGAACAAUAAUCAUCCAGUUGAGUGCCAGCUGAGGCACACGUUGCCACAUCGUAAAGGGACGUCAAAGCUGUUGAAAUAAAAGUAUAAUAGAAGACAGAUUAGUGCCGCAGUAGACGCACUGCUGAAAACGUGCAAGCCAGCAGAAAUGGUUUUUUUACAAGUUGGGUUAAAUGGUCAACCUUGAAGUCGGCACUGUGUUCAGUAUCAUUGACAUUGCUCUGUUGCUAAUAUGAUUUAGUUGUGUUAGAUCUAUUCAGUCACACUUGCUGAGAUCGUCAUUGUCCUGCUGAGUUAUGAUCUCACUGUUAUGUAUACUUUCUUUCUGUAAAUUUGUGGAAGUGUCCUCCCUGUGUUUUAAGAGUUAAAAGUCAGUUAUGUAAGUCUAUUUUUACCAUCGCUCAUAAGGUAUUAGUUGUAGUGCUCAUAGACUACUGUACGGCCGUGUGUUCAAGUGCAAUGACAGCAGUGGAGAGUCACCCAAAGGCUUCGUAAUGGAUCUCUAUGGAAAAAUAAAGCCAAUCUUCUGGAGGAGAAAACCUGCUGGCGCUCUCAGCCGGCGAGCAUCGCAAGGGGCUUUUAGCUUUUUGAAUGCUAAUUCAUCCACUUUCCCUUGUUGUUCUGUGGGGAAAUCAUGUUACCCAACAUCUCGCCCAGUGCACCAGCUGAGAAACCCUGAACGACAGGCAAUAGGUUGUAAUCCUGCAGCGGGGUUAAAACCAAGGUAUUAGCAUUCCAGAAAUGUUACCCGACCAAUGCAUCAAUGUUACAAAAGCUAGCAGGGGAGAAGGUGCAAGUGCACUGUAACUGGCAGAGGAGACCGGAGUAGAUUGCCAUUCGUUCUUUCUCCUCAGAGGUGACUGUAGAAUUGUAUGUAGCAAACACUGUUCAGCAGCCGGAGCAGGGAAAACCGAAGCAGCUAUGUGUGGAGUGAAUACAAACAAAGACUAAAACAAAGUGGAAAGGAACAGUGAUUGUGGUCAAAUGUUAACAUGAGUCAUAGUUUCAUGUGAGAAGACAUUAUGUUCUGUGUCAAGGUUAAGCCUCACAGGUACAGUAGAUAUUUAAAGGAGCACAAUAACUCCCUCUCAAUACUGACUGCUCAACCAGUAAACCGGCCUUAUAGUAACAGUUAUAUUUAUUUUGUGCAUCUACUUUUGUUUUGGAGUUUAAUGUAUUUUAAACAAAUGUCAUCAUGAGUGCUGUGAAUGGUGUUUUUUUACUCUCAUUUUUGCUCUUCAGGGUGUCACUGUGGCAAAAGAGAGGUUUUUUAUGCAGUUUGAAGGCUUAAUCAUCUCAUGUUUGUCAUGUUCUCUACUCAACUUUGAAGCAAUUGUUAGCUUUUUCCUAACUCAGAGGCUGUAUGUUUGCCCCUUUGAGGAACCGAAGUCCAAGCUGAACCUGCAUAUUAUUGUGUUCAGGUGCUCCUUGUCAUCUCAUGAAGCUUUUCCAAGUGUUUAACAAAGCAGUUUCCCUUAGAGGCCUUUGUACAAUGGCUGACAAGGACAAACGCGCUACAACAGGUGAAGGAUGUUGCAGCUUCAGAAACAAUGCCAAAUUAUAAACACACACAAAAAAAUUCCAAACAAGUAGAACAACGGAUGAGAAACUGUGCUGCAGAAAGCCAAAACACAUUAUCAGCAAACAUGCUGCAAAUACCCAGACUCUGCAAAGUCAAAAACAAAAAUGCAACAGAAAAUGCUGCUAAUCCAACAGUAAACAGUACAGAGGGUCUCCAGACCUUUUUUAACAUUAAUUGAAAUGUUUCUGAAUCUGCAGCACGUUUAUCCUAAUGGAAAUGUUUUGGGCAGUUGCUGCGUUUGCUCUUGUCAUCCACUGCACGCAUGACAUUUAAAUACCAGUCAUUAACUGGAACAGUUUUUGUGAUACCUGACUUAACAGUAUUGUUUUUAUAUUUCACCUUAACACUUGAUGAACAAGAGGCAAGAAAGAAUAACAGUGCAAUGCACAAUAAUCAGUAAACUCCUACUUUUAACCUUUUGUGAUUAACAUGCCAAGACUCCUUACAUUGAUAAUCAUGAGCGCUCUCUCCCAAAUCCAAAGCUAAAGUGCUAAAAGUCAAAUGUGUGAUGUUAUAGGAUAAAAAAUUGUGAGACAAUGAAUGGUGAAAGAUGUUCCAGAUCACUAGUUCCCAACUGGUCCACCCAUGGGGUCCAGAUUUCAACUUUACCCCAUAUUUACCCCAUAUUUAAUUUUAUUACACAAAAUAUGACAACUUAUUGUCUUAACACAAAACAUAAAACAUAUUGUAGAAAAGUAAGCAGAAAUGGAACAAACUUGACAUAUUCAUGAGUCACCAUGACCUACUUUUGGACCACAAUACACCAGUUGGGAACCAUUUUUCUAGACACAGAGUGCUGCCAGGGAGACGUUCUGUGUACAAUUUCUUUUCAGACCUGAGAACACUACAAUAGAAUAAGGCUCAUUUGGAUUUAAAAGAAAAAAAAACAGCUCUAAACUUUAUAGCCUAUGACAUCACGAAUUUGAGAUUUUUCUUUUCUGGUUUCUGGCUUUGAGAGAAAGAAGCUCAUGUUCACAAAUAUUGAUUGAACCUUUCUCAGCUAUGGAAAUAUCAUAUUGGAACAUAGUGCUUCCCUUAAAUAUCUAAUGAAUAUGACCUUUUGGAAGCUUUACGGUUGGCGAGGACUGCCUGAUCACUCAGGUUAAAAACUGACUGGUGCAAAAUUGAUUGUUAAAUAGUGGGGACUGUAAAUGAUAAACCAGUUGUGUCCUCCAAAGCAAAGGCAGGCUAGUCACAUUUUGUGGGACCUUUGAAAUGGGACAGCCCUUUUUGGAACAUUAAGAGUCAUUCGGCCCAGAAAUGUGAACUAAGGAAGGUCCAGCCCCUGAAUUGGGACAGAGCAAAUGUAUUUAUAGACUGUGCUCUAUUUCACUUUUAUAAGCUUUGAUAAUUCAUAUCAUAAGGACAUUUUUCACAGCAUUAGUAAUAUCAAUCCACCCGUGGUCUAAGUGGUCUUACUGUAUUGGAUAAACACACAUUACAUUUCAGAGGACUUAACCUUUUAGUACUCAACUAGAAAUCAUUUUGGUCAAUGCAUCAUCACAUUUUUUUAAAGGGAAACCAUAAAGUAGCUGACAAACACAUGUUUUACCAUUGUAACAGAAUCAAACUGUGUAUGGCUGUCAUACUCUGAUUUUACCCUGAUUCGUGUAUUCUACCACGCAGUGAAAACUGGGGUAGAUGACAGCGGUUGAGUAAGCACAGUUUACAAUGCAUUGAAGUGAUGGUAAAACUGUAUAAAUGGAAUUAAUAAUUGUCUUUUAACCAAAUGACAAAUACAUUCAGAUAAUGGGACACGCAGCAGUUUUACCAUUGAUAGAAAAAAUUGAAAAUUAAUAAAAAAAGGAUAGUAUUUUUAUAGGUAGGUAAAAGGUGGCCAGGUGCAUCUGUAAAUAAGACAAUGAUGCUUCUUUUUCCAGCUGAAGGCAUUUUUUUUUUUUAUUUCUCCUUGCAUCAUUGCAUUUUUAGUGGUCUGUUGUACCUUUUUUUCUUUGGGGAGUAUCUUUUCUGUAUGUAUAUAAAUAUAUAUACAGUAUAUAUAUAUAUAUUCUGUAAAUGUAAUUUGAAGAGUGAACUCUGAUUUUAAAAACGCUUGCAGGGUCUCUUGUCACCCCCGCCCCAUCAUUUCCCCUGUGAUUGUGUGAUUGUGUUUUCAGCACAACUUGGUGGAUUUUGUGUUUCGACCUCUGCUCUUGCUCACUUUGUAGGAGUGAAUUUUUUUCUUUCUUUUUUUACUGGGUGUAUUAUACCUGCACUACCCUCCAUACUUCUCUCAGUAUUAUCCACCUCUUGAGAUUUUUUUUUAAGAUUUUGUACACUAUUAAAAUGAAGUUGCAAUACUAAUGAAUAUUCAAUACUUCAUCCCUUUUUCUCUCCAUCUUCUCCUAACCGAUGUUAAAUAAUCCACCAGUGUCACUUUACACCCUGUGUUUUAAGGACCUACACUAUAUUUCCUAAAGUAGUUUGAUUUCCAUUUGCACUGAGCUCAGUCAUUGUUUACUUUCAGAUGAUAUUUAGCUUUUCAUCCAUUUGGGGCAAUACUGAUUGAAUGGUGUAGCAAUAUCAUGUUACAGCCCCCAGAGUGAUUUAUUGCUGUUUAAGAGACUAAAUGGAGGACGGUUUGCAUGGGCUGGACUGAUCAUUUAAAUCACUGAUAUUUACUUGUACAGAGGUUUUUUGCUUCAUCGGGAUUUAAAUUUUCACUCUUUUCCAGAAGUCACAGUUUAACGGGAAUAUUAUUUUCCAGUUUACAGAAACUUAACAGGACUUUUUGGGAGUUUGGCCCAAUUGUCACCUUACCUUAUAUCUGAUGUGAGGACUGGCACCAAAAUCAUCAUGUUGGACUAUUUUCUAUGUGGCUCGUGAUCAAGCUGAGCAUCACAAUCCACACGUCAGGUGUUGUCAUUGCUCAAAAACUGAGGCUGAAACGUUUGUUAAAUUUACAAUCUAAACCUAUCAGGGAGAACACAAUUGUAGGAAAAUUGUAUGGAUGCACAGUUUGACAGUUUGAAUGUGCUGUCAGUUGUAAUUGAUACUUUAAUUAUAUAAGGCUCAUGCAGAAUUUGUUUUGUUUAUACAGGAACUAAAAAUUUUGUGCUGUAGACUUUACUGAAGACGCAUAUGGCAAUUUUUUUUUUUUCAAAAGUAUUAUUUUGACCAGAAUCAACUUUAGAAAUGCUGUUAUAAUUUUAGUAUAUUGCCAUGCACCUAUAGGCCUGGUGUACACUUACCAUUGGAAAGCAUAUUUGCACAUAUGAUUUUGGUGGCAAUCCUUUCAUUUAUGAUAUCCAGCAUUUACAUAAACAUUUGGUAAAGUGGUUAGUUUGGCAAGCUUUUCAGAAAUCUGAGUGUUUGUUUAAAAGUACAUUGAAGUUUGGAAGAAAGAAUAUUGUGUCGUAAAAACUAUCAUAAAUUUCCAUUGCUUUGUAUCGACUCAUCAGGAUGAUUGAGAACUAAGUUUUAUAGACCAUACCUUGUCACAUAUUACCAGUUUUAAAUGUUUCUCUUCACUGGUUAAUUGACACAUUUCCCAAGCUAGAACAUUUAAAUACGUAUUCCCUCUGUUUUGUUACAUGAAUCUGUCAAAACUAUAUUUUUAAUUCAAUAUGAAUAAAGAUCAGUCAAUAUUUAAA